AUGGGGGAGCCUUCUCGAGACCCUGCAGCCUAUGAGGUGCCCAAAGCCAAAGGUUCGACACAUCUCGGGGCAGCAUCGGUCACUGUGAGGAUGUCAGAGAAAGAGUGGAGCGACAAGCUUCGGACGAAUGUGUUCAAGGUUCUUCGGAAAAAGGCCACAGAGCCUGGGCACCGCAUCAAGUUUCCUCAAGGCUUUGAUGAUCACAAUGACUCUGGUAUCUAUAUUUGUGCGGGAUGCUUCGCUGCCGGCCAGCAGGUCCCAUUGUAUACGAGCAGCAUGAAGUUUGACUGCGGAUGCGGCUGGCCUGGCUUCUGGACGAAUGUCCAGGGCGCUGUCUAUGAGCAAAGAGAUGCAGAUGGCCGCAGAUGUGAGAUCCUCUGCUCCAAGUGUGAAGGCCACAUGGGGCACGUCUUUCGCGGUGAGGGCUUCGGGUAUUGUACGGACGAGCGGCAUUGCGUCAAUUCCCUGAGCCUGGUGUUCCUGCCGGCUAAAGGCGGCGAGGCAGUUGCGCCGUCAUACACAGGUCCAGUGUUUGGGUAG